AGCCAAACCGACUUGACCCCACCACCUCUCGAUUUUUCCCCCGUGUGCAUGUUGAUUGAGUCUGAAUGGUGUCUUUUUCUUGUGUUAGAUAGUCUAUCUGUUGUCGCACCAUUAUGCAUGUACCUAGAGAUGAUGAUUCCAGUAGAACACCAUUAGUUGCUGAACUAAUAUUUUCUUUCCACGUCAUCUCCAGAUUUGAUUUAUUCGAAAACUGAAAAUUGAUUUAUUCCAAAGCGAGUUACUGACUGAAAUAUUAAAAGAGUCUCUACUACAUUCCUCUUCUUUCAGUAAAUCUCGCUUAUUCUAAGUGGCUACUUGCUUAUUUCAGUUUUUCGAUUGGUUACUUUUCUCACCUUGAAUGACCUUGAGACUUUCUUCAUCAAAUCUAUUGAUUCCAUUUCUUGUGUCGCCGAAAUCAUGAUCGAACAGUAUUUGCUUACUCUGCGGUCCUACGCUCGUAUGUCUGCGACGUGUGUGGUGGCGACUGCGUUACGGCUUUUUCUGGACGUUCUCUUCAUCAUCCUAAGCGGGCAGAGUCCUCACGCAAUAGGAGUUUGGUUCGGGCACUGCUCAAAGAAGGACAGGAUAGACACCUGCGCGGCGGCUGGUAUAGCGAUUUCUCUCGAUGACUUGAUGGUUUCCAUGUACCGGUAUCUCAUAUACAGAGGAUCGAGCAGAGUAAGUACUUCUGACUUACACCAAGCUGCAUAGCAAAUUUCCAAAAAUAACCCUCAAACUCGUGACGUGUCAGGUGUCCUCGAACUAACCGUUGCUAUCACGUGUAGUGGGCUUUUCGUCUGGCAUUUCCAUGAUUAUGGAAUCUCUAGUACCUCGCAUCUGUCUUGGGCAGUUUUUAUUGGCGCGUUAGAAUGGCUGCCGAUCGGGUUAGUGGUUUCGAAAGCAAGCAUCUUCCUGGAUGUCUUCAUGGCCUACCUGGAGCGACUUCCCGUCCUCAGUCUCUUCGCAGCUUCAAGGCUACUGGGUGGCGCAGCCUUCAUCUUCAUCUUGACGCUGUGUUGUGCCUACGCAAAUUUUCGGAUGCUAAAGCGGCAACAACGAUAUGCCAGACCGCAGCUUUUGCUAGGUGGCUUCGCGCAUUGGACAGAAUUUGUGCUGUUUCUCUUCGUCUAUGGUUUCGGUUGGGGCGUGGGGUUUCUGUACUGGAAAGUGUUCAUGGUAGACCACGUUCUAUCCACAGAGAACGUGCCAGGAUCGAAAUCCAAGAAUGCUGCGGGAGAAGAAGUAGAGGAUACUGGCGCGCUCUACUACGUUCUGUUGAUGAUUUUCCUCUCUAUGUGCUUCUACGUUCGUUUCGGGCCAGAGCCGGUCGUGCCCCACGAAAGCCUGUACGACCAAUCCAGUUGUACCAGCGCUGGCGCUUCUUCCGUAGGAGGCUUUGGACAAGAACAAGCUGGAAGUGGAGACAUAUCUGUUUUUGGCACCUCUACCACUACAACUGCUUCAGUCCUGGCAAGUGCCUCAUCCUUGACGACGUCAUCCUCUAGGAUGAUGAGUGGUCGUUAUGUUCGCUUAGGGCGUUCGCUGGUGGGCUUCAGUGUAUACACCUCAAUUGUGCUCUUGGUAAUGGCAUUCAGCGAUCCGAUCUAUGGGUUGCUGCAUAUUUUCACAAGACAACUGGUAGAAGAGCCUGCUACGAUACGAGUGAAAAAAAAGGUGAAAGUGGAGGUGCCUGUUGUAGUACCUGCAGCUACUAGUGGAAGCGGUGGUGGCAGUGCAGCUGCUGCUGCUGCUGCUUCUGCGGGUGGUAGUAAAACUAAUAGUGGAGCUGUUGUGACAACCACGACUACAACUCCGACUACGACAAAAGAUAAAGGUAUGACCUCAACAGGUGCGGAUGUCAGUCCAGCAACAGUCGAAACCUCUGCUGCAGGAGUAGAUGUUGAUGGAGCCAAGGCGUCAGCACCGCCUUCAGGCGGACAAGAUGUUCUUGGUACAACAACAAAUAGUAAAGCGCCGACUUCUGCUGGAGAGCGACCAUCUUCUGAGACAUUAGGAGAGAAGACUUUGGAGUCUGCUUCUUCUACUAAGCCUCCAGAGCAGCCUGGCAAGGAGACGACCGACCCUGCAGCAGCAACUACAUUAUCUAAGAAAGAUCCCAUGCCCAAUAAUAUAGCAGGAGAGCAGACGAAAAAUACAGAAAAUAAAGCAACAACUUCUAGUACCCCUGUUGGUAAUACAGUGCUGGAGAUAACUUCUGUUGCACCUUCGUCGAAAAGAGUGACUCCUAGGAUAAGAAGAUUAGACGACUCAAAGGAAGAACCUGCAGCAAAUAAGAAUACAUCAAGUUGUAGCGAAGACCAGUAUUCUGAUGCGAAGACCAGUAUUUUUCAAGAGGAAAGUAGCAGCACUUCUAGCUCUAGUAUUCCAGCUUCGAAUUCUUCCAUUCCAGGCUUGAGGACGCCAUCAAAAGCUACACCUCCUAGUAACAUUCCCACUACUUCUACCGUGACGCAAGCAAAAAUAGCUGCGCUUCUAGCUUCCUCGUCGUCAUCAUCUACAGCCUCACCAUCUCCUCUUUCCUCAACCACGUCGUCUACGUCAACACUAGCCGGAGCGUUUCGAACGGUCGAAAAGGAAGAAACCGUAUACGAAAACGUGGUGUAUCACAAGUACGCGUAUCCCAAAGUCGAUUUUAUCAUUAAGACAGGAUAGUUCUUUAUCAGAGCAGAUGGUGACGAUGCUCUAUUCUUGAUGACAGCACCUAAACCUAUGAUAGAUAUCACCUGUAUACAACCAACGAACAUGAGAUGAAAAUAGUGCAUCUCCUCCUUUGGCAGAUUGCCAAAUAGUUUCUCGCGCCAUCAUAUGCAUCAUCUCCCACCUUCUCUAAGAUUCCUUUCCUCGUCUUUUUCUUUGUCACGACGAGUUAUAUGUUUCUUGCGGCGCUGGUUUCGUUCCUCCUGAGUCGCAUCCAUCCUAACAUAGACUUCCAAAGUACCAGCAAAUACAGUCGCAUGCUUACCGAGAGAAGUAAUAUUAAGGGUUUCCGAAUUGCAUUCCUCACUGCCGUGAUCCCUGGCUCUUUUCCUAGUUGUAGAAGAGAAGCCAGGGAUGUCCUGAGGAAUGGGAUUCCGUAACCUCUAAGGCUAGUGCAUGGAGUUCGGUUUUUUCAGGAGGCACUGCGAUGAUUAAGGGCAGGUCGAUUAAGUAGUGUUCUUGUUGCCGUUUUUUUUUCUGGUCUCUCUCUCGUAAGGGACGAGAAAAGUAUAAAAACAAAGAGCAAAGAACAGAAACGCCAAAAGUCUACCUCUAAGAUGACGGGGAUGGAUACGAGAUCUUGGAGCCGCCUUCUAUUGGACCCAAGUGAGUCAAGCCUUCCCGGCGGAGACAAUUGGAACGCUGGCCCACCUGAAGGAGGAACUCUUGGAAUUCAAAGCGGUACUCCAUUGCAAGACGUUUCAUCGGCGUACUUCUCUCGCUAUGAGUCACCUAUGGUCCAGAGUGAAGAUUGUGGAGGUGCUGUUGGAGUGAGUACUGUUCCUGGUGCGGUCACUCCGGAAGCUACAAUUAUGGCAUAGUCGUGGUCAUGAGUCUGAGUGCGCUGAGGAGUUUGAUAGCUUCCCUGUGCUGUAAGUGAAAAAAUGUACUUGUUGUGCUCACUCUCUCCGAAGAAGAUGUUUCAUCUCUCACAUGUUACUAUGUACCCUGUCUUUAAGAUGUUUAAUCUCUCACAUACUUAUACUGAUCAUACUCUUUGUUAAGAUACAACGAACCAGGUCCAGCUUCAACUUAAUGCUGCAAGACUGAUAAGACGCUUUUUUUAUUGAUUAAUCCUCGCUGUUUUAUUUUACUCUAAAGCAAGCUACCCACCUCCUCGGACGACAAUAAGUACAAGUGCAGCGAUAACAACGACACGAAGUGCUUCUAGAGCAGGGACAGUACCUUCGUCCAAGCCUUUCCAGUUAUCCGCCUUCGGCGCUUUGUCUAUCAUGGUCCAUGACGUAUUGAGAUGUGUCAGUGCCUUCAGCUGGAGCCAAGUUUGCGUGGCGCUUUUUUCCUCGUUGUUCGUGUAUGAGAGUAACGUCGUGACCUGCCUACUUUGUCUCAUGUUAAGGCAACCAAGCGAGCCUCCUCAGCGUCAUCCUUGGCCUCUUUUUCAAGGCAAAAAAGAAGAGUCCACGGCUAUGACACUCAACCAAGGAAGACGCGACGCGGUAGCUCUAAUCUUGUACACAAUAGGGGUGGCACUCAGUAUGUGCUAUUUGGUGCGUCGCUUUCUCCCAGCAACAUUGGCUGAGCAAGCGCAUGAAGUGCAAUCGCUGUACCUGAGAAAUAGCCCGUUUGCAAGAGAUUGAUGAAUUGGAAUAAUUGUAACUUAGCGGGUAGAAGUCGUCAGGGAAAUCUUGGGCAGAUUGCCGAGUAGAUUCACAUCAUCAAGUGCAACUUACACUCACAGGAGGCGCACAGAGAAACUUUUACUUCACGUUCGCCAAGAAGAAAAGCCUCUUCCUCGAAGUGGUUACUUCCCGAACGUCAGCAGGAAACUCCUCAUGUUCUAAAUCUAAUGACGCUUAUUUUUGCACGACAAGGGAACGCCGAAAAGAAAAGAACCUCUUUCAUGUGUACCACGUAUUCUGUUUUACAUUUACCUGACA